AUGAGCGAGGAAGCACCCAGAGGCCCCACACACGAGCCAAGAACCCUUGGCCUUGACGUCUACGGUGAAGAGGAUAACCAGGCUGCCCCAAACAAAAACAGGAGGCUCCACGAAUCACAGUCCGCCCACCAGUCCCCAACCGGAUCCUCGCCUAACAAAGCUAACAGGAAGAUCCCGUACAUGACCGGAAUCACUACCCUUGGCUCUCGAGACCAUAGCAUGGAGAUGGUGGAAAUGGAACCCCCGGAGGACAGUAGGGAAGGUGAAGGAAGGUCGGGUGAAUCCAACUAUAAUCCAUACUCCGACCCCGGGAACACCUCCAUGCACGCUAAUGCGACAAGCCCAGAUCCCUUCACAACCCCCCCUCAGAGCAGUCGACGAGCACCCGCAGACGCUAGUACUCCCAACCCCCGAUCUAAACACCUUGCGGCAAAGGUCAAACGUACAUUCGAACCUGUUCCCCUGUACUCGGUAGUCAAAGUGGGGACACUCGAUGAAGAGCGGACAAAAGGAGUCCUCUUUGGGUAUGACAACCCGCACGGUCCACUAGAUUUCUCCGGUCCCCCAUCCUCUGAAAUUGCGCGCCGCUUUAGAAUGAGCUCGCUCAACGAAGGAUACUUCCAAAAAGCUGUCUUCUACCCCUCCGACGUCUUCAAAGGGAUCUCCCCUGAACGAAUCGAAACGUACCUAUCCGGAGACUACAUCGCAAUUGUCCUAUUCAAUGGAGGCCAGUUCAUGCACCAGGAGCUCCCUGACACAAUGAGCAACAUCCGCACCUUUCUCGAGGAAGCUGGAUGCGAGGAUCUUGAAAUUAACUCUCCUUUCUACAAUGACCUGAACGCCGACAAAGAACGACCCUCUGGGAGAGGGAGAGGGAAGCCCAACUGGAGACGAAGAGGCCGAGGCGGAAGCGAGCAGCCUCAACGUGGCGAAGACGCAAAGAAUGACCGCUACAAAGGCCGAAAUGUGGCAUUCGCCUUAGUACAACCCCCAGCUGUCCGCACACUCAUCCUGAGCCUGCAAACCUUUGCCCUUUCUAACAUCCUUGCAUUCCAUGCCACCGAACCAUCCACCGAGAACAUUCCAUGGGUUGUCUGUAUCCUUUUCGUCACCUCGACAAAGGCGGACGCUGCGAUGGGGGACAAAAUCGAACACACAAUCCGGAAAGGACUUGCCACGGAUGAACGACUUGCAAGAGAUCUAGCGAACUCCUCCAGGGUUGAGGGAACCACAUCUGACAAGGUACAAUCCUUCAUCGACUCAACCGAAGUCCGCGAUGCGGGUUACGAAUCAACGGAGAAGCAUCAACGAUGCCACGUCUGGACCCUAUACGCAGCCCCGUUUGCCAACAGCGAAUCGUUCAUCACCAGGGAUGCCGACGAGCGCCUCAUCCGGAAAUACAUCAGCACAAAACAGUUCGAAAUGGGUACAAUCGAUAUCUCAGGGGCAUAUACGGAGUGCAAGCUCUGCAAGUCCAACGAACACCAAACCCAUGGAUGCCAAUACCGCUAUCCGGAAUACAAGAACUGGAAGGGCCCGAAACAGGAGAUACACAAGGAGGUUGAGGAAUAUAAGAAAAUGCAGAAACAGACGAAGGCCGCGCGCCGGGACCUCUAA